AUGGAAGACGCCCUCCGCCCUAGCAAGGAAGCCUUUGAAUACACCCUCCGCGCAAGCCAUCAGCUAUGGUCAACUUAUUUCGAGACCAGUGAUACCCGUCUUCCGCUGGAGUGUAUCGACCUCAAGUCCAUUCUCAAAGACACGCCUGCAUAUCUCGCCGACGGAUUAAUUGCAUCAGAUAAAGCAUUCUCGUUUGCUUGUGCGAAAACCCGUGGCAAUCUCGAUAUAAAGGGGCAGUUGAGAUGGCGGACGCCCAGAGCUGGCGCGGAUUGCAUUACCCCACCUAAGGUUAUACCGUUGGAUCUUCGGCUAGGUGUUCCAGAAGCUCGGAAGGUGGAAAUCUCCAACGAAGCCCCUCUGUCAGAAUGGCCCGGUGUGCGCGGUAUCUCUGGCUAUGACGAGGGUAACCACAUCGCCGUGUUGUUCCUGGCCUGGGCAUACAUUCUAUCGGCGAAAUGGGCCGAGUCGCUCCAUCGCUCCGAGACGCACCAGUGUUCAACGAAGUACUCUGAAACUUGUCAAGAACCAACGGAGGCAGUUCAACCGGAGGUGAUAGAGGUUGAUUUACCUCCAUAUGCAAGCGAAGCCGAGAUCGUCUGGUGGAACGCUGUACUCUCUGGAACACCCGCAUGGGAAAUAUCCGUGGAAUACCAGUCUGAGAAAUUCGUCUCACCAUGGUCCGUUUCCUUAGGCGGAGCGAUAUCAAUGCGAGCGAAACAAGGAAUGCAUCUCCAGUCGACAGCAUACAACCCUCCAUCAUCAACAACAGCCUUCCAAUACCUCCUCCGCUUCUGCAACCACCACCUUAUCUACGCACAAUGCACAGCAGCGCUAUCAGCAUCGUUCUUCACGCGCAACUUCUGUGUCCGCAAGCCACCGACUCUCCCAAUCCCAAGAACCGCCAAAAACCCGAAGUACCAAUCCACCCCGACAAGCCCCCAAUCCGUCUCAGCUCUGAUAUCCGAACACGAAAACCUCCUCCCAUACUAUAUGACGCUAAGCAGCAACAUUUUUCUCACAACAAUGCCAGCAAUGAAAAGCCUAUUCUUCAACCCAGACAUACCAUGCAAUCUAGUCAGCGCAUGGAAGAACCCCGCCUUCGCAAUAAUAAACCCACUCGUGAAACAAGGCAACAUCCCCCAUCUUCUCAACGGCCUCUCAGCGCGGCAACCGCGCGUAGCGAGUCUCUGGCUCGGCGCGGCAAUCAUGGGCACGAGUAGCGUGUUCCUGAAACAAUGCGAGCAGGGGAUGAUGACGUCUUCACUUCAGUCCGAGGCGUGGAUGGGGACGCCCACCACAUUUUUGACACAGCCACCGCGUAUCUAUGAUAACGGCGUUGAUUCCGUCCAGCGCGAGGAUGAAUGUAAGCUGCUUUUCCUUGCGACGCACACUGACGGGGGCUAUAACCAUGGGUAUCUUACUACCUGGCCGUGGAAGCCGUUUGGUAGUACCAAGGUCAGUGAUGCUGAUCUUCUGCUUCGAGAGCAUUUGAGCUGCGGAUGCCAUGCUUUGCAAUAUGAGGGAGCGCGGUUUGCCUCGUUGCUGUCAGAUUCCAAUUGUGCGUCUACGUCUGCGCCUGUUUCCAUGUGUCUCUCCUGUCCGAAACCAGGGGUUGCUUCUGCGGAUCUUCCCGCUCUGCCUAAAGAUUGUGAGUAUGAUCUGUACUCAGAUCGGCAGUCGGAUAAUCCCACACGAGGCAUAUUUUGCUGGCUUCGGUUGGAUGGGUUUCCUGCGAAUGAAAAUGGGAUAUAUCAGCAUUCGUGGAUUGAGAUUGCGAUGGACUCGGAUGAGGAGGUUGAUGAACAUGAGUCUGAUGAUUCUACGACUGGUGUUCGAGUUGAAAGGAUUCAAGGUUGGAUCGACGGUGUCGGUGAUGUCGAGGCAGUGGUUGAGGCCGAAACUGAAGAUAUUCGUGACAACUGCGUAGAUCGAGCUUUUUAG